CUGUUGGCAACUGUAUAUCUAGGUACCGUAUAUAAUUGCUGCGUUGAAUAUCUGGGGGUCGGACGCUGUCGGGUUCUGCUCACGAGCCACACUGAUGUCUACAGACGCGAGCUGUUAGGACGUGUCCGAGAGUUGAGCUUGAAUAAAAGUAAGUGGGUCAGAGGAUGUUGUUGACAUUAAGAGAUUGUGUCAAAUGUGUCAUAGUUGUUGUUUUGUUGUUGUUUUUUUGUGUGUUUUUUUUGGGGUAAGCUGGUCACGUGAAAGUUUCAGAUUAUUUUUUUUUUAAAAUUACUUCAGUAGCUGUUUUUAUAAUAUUUUUUUUCUUUGAAGUUGAUAUAUUCCAUCUUAGUAUUAUAGUCCAUCUUAUUAUAAUAUUCCAUCUUAGUAUAAUAUUCCAUCUUAAUAUAAUGACGGUGAUCUGAUUACGCCGCUGAUCUUUUCAGCAAUUAUUCGACUUUAAAAGAGGAAAGCUGAUAUUUUCAGAAACAAUUAUUUUACAGAGACUUCCUCCCGGUGCUCCCCCCCCCCUCCUUAUAGUAAUUUUUACAACGAGCAUGAUGAAGACUGGCUAUUUCAAUCUAUUUAUAUAAAAAAAAAUUAAUUAUUGUUUUUGUUCAGCCAGACCAAUGUCAGACCAACGCUCACAAAGACAUUUUGUGCGUGUAACUUAGGUAGUCGGCCAGUAACCCAUAAUGGGAAUAGUGUCCCAAGGAGAGAUGGCCUGGCAAAAAUUCUAUUUUUAGUGGUGUUUUAGCAGUGUGGUUUGAUGAUCUAGAAUUUUAAUUAUUUUGCUGUUUUUUUGUUUUUUUUGGAGGGGGGGGGUAUUUAUUCUUGACAGAUACUUUAAAUGUCUGACUAAUAGAUUUACUUGUUCUAGCUUAAAAGUUGUCAUCUUAAUGAGAAUGUUUAUCAAUAUGCUGAAAAUGAAUAUGUAAAAUCUCACCAAAACACAUUUUUCAUUUAUUUUUUAACAUUUUUUUUUAAUUAAUAAAAAGAAGCGUUUCUUUUCUUUUUGUAAAAAAAUGGCUAUCUAAAUUUAGACACUGUCAUUUUUAACAUCAUGGCUGACAAAGAAAUCGGUGAAGCAAUAAAAUUAGUUCAUUAUAAAGUGAACUGCGUACGAAAGUUUUCCUAGCUCGAGUAUAAUUUUAAACACAUCUCUAUCAAGGGAGCUAACACAAAAUCCAACAGGUAUAGUGUGUUCUUUUGACUAGAGAGUAUAUGAUGAGACUGCUGCUCUCAAGCUACGACAAGCUCAUAUAAUCACGACAAGCUCAUAUAAUCACGACAAGCUCAUAUAAUCUCAAUGCCAAAAUAUCUCCCCAAAGCUGACCCAUUUUACGUCAUACAACCAAUAUUCAGUUAGCACACAUUCGACCUAUUGUCCAGCACGCAUCAUCGGCUGUAUUGUCUCGUGCCAAACUCCCAUUCGUGGUGUGAGACUCUUAACACAAACAAAAGUUCUUUCCCACGGCGCUGUCUAAAACAUUCCAGUUAUGAGUCAUGUACUAAACAUGGAGUGAGUCACUAGUGCUCAGCACUGACCUGAUGUUCACCGUCUCGAUUUAUAAAUAGCUUGGCAACAGAAGCUGGGGUCGCAAAGACUCGUCAUUGAAAAAAAAUAGAGUCGUUUAAAAGCUGUCAGGUGGCCUUGAAGUUAGUGACCUUGACCCCAAAGCUUCUGCGUGGUUCAUUUUUAGGAGAGUAUGGCAACUAGAUACUAAUACUAGUGAUAAAGGGGGGGGGGUGGUUGUUUGUUUGGCAGAGUUGGAGUCAGAUAGGGACAAGAUGCUCCGUGACACUCAUCCGUGUAUUGACCCACUCAGUGCGGAGCGACCCAACCAAUGGUUUGACACACUUUAGGAAUACCUCAAGCUAUCGGCAGUUGAUGUAACGACUAUGUUUUAGUUCUGUAACGUUGGGUAUUUUGAUAUCUUUAGGGCAGAAGACCGAUUAGAUGAAAGAUACGUUUUACUCAUUUAUGUUUUAUCUUUUUAAAGGAAAACAAAAUAAUAAAAGGAGGAGAUAAGAGGAAUGAGUUUUCUUCGAUUCUUUAAGAGGAAGAAAGACCCGGAGUGCAAGAAAAAGGAGAAAAAAGACGGUGAUAAAAAGAAGCACCGAAAUUUCUUCAAAGGAAGAUGGAAGAAGGAAGAGACGCAACCCGUGUCAGAUCCUUCCAUAGAAACUAGGAAACUGUUCUACACUGCAGGUACCUGUACAACAUUAUAAUAAAGUUUUCAGGGCUGAUAAUUCUUAAAAUAAUGCUGAUACCAGGACCGGUAACUCCAUUAUUUAUAUUUUUCCUGUUAUGCUUAAAAAAUUCAUUUUAUGUUUUUUUUUAAAUUAAUAAAAAUAAACAGAACUGCAUCAUUUUUAGAGUUCCAUUCCCUGGGUGACGUAACGCGAGACGACACGAUGACAAAAGAAGAGUUCUACAGACUCAUGAUGCUGCUGGGAUAUCCUGACGGGGUGGAGGGGGCAGAGGUGAGCCAACUCAAGAAAAAAAAAAUACAAAAAUACAAAAACAUAAAUUUUUUGGAGCAUAAAAAAAAAAUAUUGUAAACCUACUCAGCGUAAUGCAGUUUUUAGUGUGUGGAGUUAAUUCAAUUUCACUAAGAGUUACAGUAUUAUUUUACUCAAUCAUUUUUGUUCAUAAAUAUUUUUUCUAAAGUUCAGAUUAAGGGAAAUAGCUAAUUUUGUUUUCGCAAAUAGAUCAAUAUAAUGUAUAGUUAUCUCCCCCGGAUAUAUAAAGAAAUAAAAAAUAAUUAAUUUAAAAAAUGCUCUUUUAUCCAUAUUCUCAUGGAUGGAUCUUUCUGGUUUAGUUUUUAAACUUUUUUGUCCUCGCCUCUUCCAGAGAAUUUGGUUGGAUCAUGGCCAGGAAGAUGGAGGUAGAAUGACUUUAGAUCAAUAUAUUGCUUUGAUGUUUGAUGACGCUGUUGAUGCCAAGUAAGCUAACUUGUUAUUUAACUUACAUUAGAGUCAUUUAGUGUCAAGAUUUUUCUAUAGGAGAUAUGUAUCACAAAUAAUCUUUUAAUUAGUCAACAUGGUGAUAAACAGAAGUGGGUUAAACAAAACAAGAGUCUAUCCAAUUAAUGAUGAAUGGUAGUUAUAAAUACUAAAAUUGCAGUAGAGUCAAUGGAAUAAUAGAGUAGUAAACUUAUUUAAAUACUUAAAUACAUGAGGCAUGGAGUAGAUUUUUAUUUUUGUUUGAAUUAUUUAAUACAUUUGUGGCUUGCUUGGUUACAUGGUUGGUUGUCUUUCUUCCUAGGACGAAUUGCUGGAGAAAGCUCUUUGCCAAUUUCGACCCAGAUGGCAACGCUUUCGCCUCCAAAUCUGAAGUCAUAAAAGGAUUACAGAACAUUGGUCUUGACAUCACACCAGAAAUGCGUAAGAUAGUUGACAAAAUGGACACGAACAAAGAUGGCAAGAUAAGCUAUGAAGAGUUCUUGAAAGCGCAGCUAAAGCAAUGAUUUUUUAAAUUUAUGUGUCUGUGGUUUCCCCGUAUUUUUUGCUUAUUUACAUUAGUUACGCUUGAUGCAUGGUCCACUAAAAAAAAAAAGCCCCCGCACAUUUAAAGGCCCUUAAAUUUAAAGGUAUUUGCCAGAGCAUUUGAACAAGCAGCCUCCAUAAUAGUUAGAAAUUUUCUUGUGGUUGUUGCCCAUUAUUGGAGACCCAAAAAAAAAAAAGGGGGGGGGAGGGAGAUCUGCUUUAUUCCACUGUUAGUUGAGUUUAGGUCAGUUAUUUUAAUGAUUUUCAUAGCACACAUUCCUAGGGAGAUCAUGACUGAUCUUUAUUACAAUUAUUUUUUGUACAUGCUUCCUUACAAAGUUUGCAUCACUAUCAGCACAGGGCUGCAUUGUGUCCUACAUCUCAAAAUGGGGUUAAAUAACUUACAAAAUUCACUUUAAGAAUUAGUAUUCUGUACAUUUUUAUUUUACAUUUAAUGACAUUCAUGGUGAAAUUUUACUGUGAUAUCUUAUGAAAUAUUGACAUAUUUAGUCAUUGUCACUUAAUUUUACAGCAGCAUCUAAUGAUCGUGUGAUAUACUAAUGAAAAUUAAAUAAUGUCACAAUGACAUCUUGAUGACGAUGACAUUUAAUGACAUGCAUAAAAUCUCCUCCUGUAACAAGUAACUAUGUCAAAGCUCCAUCCUAUUACUACUACUGAGGAAUGAUUUUUUUUGUGUAUCUCAUGUUUGUUAUAUUUAUGGCUGUUGCUUUACUUUCCCAUUACCAAUUAAACAUUUCUAAAUCUCAAGUC